AACCAACUUCUUUUGCCAAUAGACAGGCGAGAGAAUAGCAACGCUAAUAGGUCUUCUUAUAGGUUUAUGAUUAAUUAAAAUUUCGAGAAAAGAAUAAAGGAUAUCCUAGCAUCGAUUAUAAACGUCUAUAUAUGGAUAAAGCAUUUUUGCAUUGAAUAACUACUUGCGUUGAGGGUCAGCAUAGGACACUGUCUAACCUUUGUCUUUCAUUUACCAUUUGUUCAUUCUUUUAAGUUCACUCGUAAUAUUUACUGGUUAUUAACUGCUUUACUUUUCCAAUACCCAGACUACUUGUUGACAUACUUUUUAACUAUUCGAAGUAAUCACUUCUCAUAUUCUGGUAUUUAAGGGGCAUUUCAUCUGUGCAUUUUUUAAAUUUCUUAAUCGCUUUUUCACUUUUACGAAGGCGCUUUCAUUUUUCAAUUCUCACUCUUUUGCUAUACGCUUGGUUUUUAUCAAUUUAUAUUUGAAACCUCAUAAUUAUAUUUUCCUUCCUUUUUGAUCUUUAGCAACGAGCAUAGUUUUCUUUUUCUGCUUCGCUUGCUGUUUGUUUUUAUAAUCCAUUAUACUUUACACGCGACAUCUUGAAGUCUCCUUUAUAUCUCUCUUGUUAUAUUUCGAUUUACUCUAUUUAAAGCCUAUUAACUGAUUUCUAUCAUGCUUCCCGCUACACAUUAUUCUCAGCAAAGUCUUUCGACUGAUGACCUUUCCAGUAACUUGGAGAAAGGUGGAACUUAUCCUCAGGAAUAUGAGCCACAAACUCGUAAGUUAAAUACUGAUGAUGAAAAUCAUGACGGCAUAAAAAAGCCCUGGUAUCAGAAACAUGAGAGAAAGAUUCUGGUUGGUAUCAUUCUUUUUAUUUGUAUUCUUCUGAUAGCCGUUUUGGGUGGUGUCCUUGGCCAUCGUACCCAUGAACGACACCGUCAUCCCUCGUACAAAGAAAAGAACUACUCUUUGUAUAAGACAUACAAGGGUGAGUCAUUUUUUGAUGGCUUCGAUUUUUUUAACGAAACGGAUCCCACACACGGUUUCGUUCAAUACAAGAAUCGCGAUGCUAGUGAACAAAUGGGUUUAAUUCACGCCAACAGCAGCAAUGUGAUUAUGGCUGCUGAUAGCAAGUCCAACUACACGAAUGGCCGUCCAUCUGUUCGAAUCUCAACUAAGGAAUAUUUUAAGAAUGUUCUGAUUAUCGUUGAUGUUUUGCACGCGCCAACUGGAUGUGGUACGUGGCCUGCAUUUUGGACAACUGGUGAUAACUGGCCCAAAGACGGUGAGAUAGAUAUUAUGGAAAAUGUCAAUACGGCUCAAAGUAACCAAGUUACAUUACAUACCGACAAAGGUUGCGAUAUGACAGGUGUUAAGCAGGUGAUGACUGGAAAAGUCUUGCAAAGUAACUGUUGGGUUAAUGCACCAGGUGCAAAUAACGCUGGUUGUGGUGUAGGGGAUACUGCGGAAGGUUCGUUUGGAAGUUCGUUAAAUAAAAAAGGGGGUGCCAUUUACGCUGUUGACUGGCGAAGUGAGGGUAUUCGCGCUUGGGUUUUUAAUCGUACACAUAUUCCUUCCGACAUCACUUCAAACAAUCCUCAGCCUCAUAAUUGGCCAACGCCUCUAGCUGACUUUCCCAACACAAAAUGUAAUAUCGAUAAAUUAUUUUCUCAACAGAAAAUCAUCUUUGAUCUUACAUUCUGCGGUGAUUGGGCCGGAUCUAACUCUUAUAAUGCCGCUGGAUGUCCUUCUACUUGUGAGGAUUUUGUUGCGAAUCACCCAGGAAAUUUUACAGAAGCAUACUGGGAUAUUCGCAGCUUGAACGUUUAUGAAGCUAAGUAAUUUGUUUUAUGAAGGGCGAAGCACAGCAAAAUCUUUAAAGAUUAAGUUUUCUUAUGAUAGCAAUAAUAAAGUUAUUCAUCAAUGGUGUUUACACUUGCAUAAGGUUGGUUUAAUUAGCGUAUUGAUUUAUGGGUCAUUUUUUACUGAUUAAAAAUUCACUUAUAGUGAAUUUGACAUAAUAAGACUAUCAUUUCAUACUUCAUGGG